CUAUCCUAGGAGCACGUGUCUGUUAUUGUCACGGGACAUAUUUUGCGAGAAAACAGAGAACCACCGCACAUAUAUUUAUCGCAAACAUGGCGCCGACUACUAGCAGUGUUCAUCGAGAGGCACAUACCUCAACUGCCCUUCAACCUUAUAGCCAGAAGGUAGAGCUUAAUAAGAGUCAGAAGAAAAAGUGUAUGUUAUGUGGCCAUAAAAAAAUAAGUCAACAGUUAAAUGGUUCACUGUACAUGCUCAAUGAUGUGAUAGUACAUUAUUUUUGCAUUAUGUUAUCAUCAAAAGCGUUGAAAAAUGGUAGCGACAAGGAGGGGAUUUGGGGUUAUUUAUUAAACGAUAUUAGAGCUGAAAUACUUCGAGGAUCUAGAGUGACUUGCGUUUAUUGCAAUAAAAAGGGAGCAACUUUAAUGUGCAGUGAAGUACGCUGUCGAAAACUGUUCCAUCUUCCUUGUGGGUUGAUAAAUGGGUCUAUGCAUCAUUAUUUUUCGCCAUUCAAGUCGUUUUGCCAACAGCACCGCGUUCAGCCAGUUAUAGAUGUAACAGAGUUACCUCCAUUUGCUUAUCCUACUGUAGAAUGUGGCAUUUGUAAUGAUAGUAUUGUACCAUCAGCUUCAUCAACUUCCAUAUGGGUGCCGUGCUGCAGAAUUAAUGGAUGGUUCCACCGAGACUGCGUUCAAGAUCUGGCAUUGCGGAAAGGCUAUUUUAUUGAAUGCCCAAGAUGUGAAAACGUAGAUAAAUUUAAGAGCAGAAUACUCAUUCUUGGAAUAUAUAUACCAUCACGGUACCACACUUGGGAAAAAAGAAGGUAUUUACAAAAUACUUUACUGAAUACUCUACAGAACAGUUUUGAACAGCUCACUGAAAGGGCUACGCAAUGCGAUGCUAUACACUGUCUCUGUCCUCAUGAAGGCAAACGCAAUUUUCAAAAUGAAUUUGGAUGGAAGUUAGUUCUCUGCAGAACAUGUGGGUACAGACAGACGCAUGUAUACUGCAAUUCAAUUAGAUUUGAUGAGAAAUGGGACUGCACAGAAUGUCAGAUGGUGAUUAAAAAAAUUACAGCAAGACAAUUGGAAUUUCCUAUUGAUGGGAAUUCUGUAGGUAUUUCAGCAGUUCUGGGUGAUUUUGAUUCAAAAGGAAAUUUUAUUCCUAAACAGCCGUACAUUCCUGGAUACGUUCAAAGACGAGAAUAA